AUGCCAGCUUCCUCGCCGAUCUGAGUCCGGAUGUUCCACCCAGUAGACCACCUAAAACGGCAUCACUUCGGUCAAUUUCCGUUUGGAUCGCAGACUAGGUUAUAUUAUAUAGACUUGCAGUGAUACGAUAUGGUCGCCAGAGCUCCUGCGACUUCGAAGCGGCACCUGCAACUGGACGCCGAUGAGGCUGUUCUAGCCAAGCUAGGAUACAAGCAGGAGCUUCGCAGGGAAUUUACCCCACUAGAGGUGUCUGGACUUGCAUUCAGCUAUACAGGAGUGCUCCCUGGUAUAGCCUCCGUGCUCUUCUAUGCCAUACCAAAUGGUGGACCUGUCGCUAUGGUUUGGGGGUGGGCAUUUGCUGGCCCUUUCAUCAUGUGCAUCGGGCUGGCAAUGGCGGAGCUUGCGUCAGCAGCACCUACUUCUGGAGGUCUAUACUAUUGGACUUAUUCACUUGCUUCUCCACGGUGCCGGAAUUUUCUGUCGUGGAUAGUUGGUUCUUCCGUAAACUGGGCUUGCGCAAUCCAAAUCGCAGCAGCGAUCAGUAUUGCCACCGACCAAGCAUAUGCGACUACCAACGAGCAGCUCUACGGUAUAUACGCAGCUUUGGCCCUGUCACAUGCCGUCCUCGUGAGCCUCGGUACCAAAGUCUUGGCACGACUGCAGAGACUAUACACGUUUGUGAAUUUGUGCCUCUGCUUCAUAGUCAUUAUUGCACUUCCGAUCGCAACGCCACCCGAAUACCGAAACAGUGCAAGUUUUGCGCUAGGGAGCUUCAUAAACUUGGCCGGCUGGCCAUCUGGAUUCGCAUUUAUCUUGAGCUUCAUGGCUCCUCUUUAUUCAAUAGGGGGUUAUGAUGCCAGCGUCCAUAUGAGUGAGGAGGCCUCGAAUGCUGCCACUGCGAUACCAUUGGCAAUCAUCAGUUCUAUUGCUGUGUCGGUCGUCCUUGGUUGGGGAAUCAAUGUCUCCCUUGCCUUUUGCAUGGGUACUGACCUCGAAAGCGUCCUAAAUAGCCCUGUCGGCCAGCCUAUGGCGCAAAUCUUGUACACUUCGCUUGGGCAGAGGGGGGCCUUGGCUCUGUGGUGUCUCAUUAUCUCAACGUUACAGUUUGCAUUUGCUCGUGAUGGAGCCCUCCCAUUCUCACGAUAUUUGUACCGGAUCAAUGGCUACACGAAAACACCUGUCAAUACGGUUUGGUUCGACACCGUCUUUGUUCUGGUGGUUGGACUUCUUGCGUUCGUGAGCACCGAGGCCAUCAAUGCGGUGUUCACCAUUGGUCUCACUGCGUCGUAUGUCUCUUACAUAACGCCGAUCACAACCCGCUUUGCGUUCAAGAACGAUUUUAAACCCGGCCCAUUUCAUCUUGGGAAACUAAGCUUUCCGGUCGCUGCGAUAGCUGUAUCGUCGAUGGUCUUCAUGAUCAUCGUUUUCUUCUUUCCUUCGACCCCGCAAACGACUGCACAAGAGAUGAACUAUACAGUUGUGGUCCUUGGAGGGUACAUGACCCUUGCGAUUUUUUGGUAUUAUUGUCCGGUGUAUGGAGGCGUCCAUUGGUUCAAUGGACCCAUAGCCAACCUUACACCGUCCAUGGAAGGUGGACGCAGAGACGGAAAUUCCGUGUCGGAGAAGGAACAACGUGAUGCAGAACUCUCUGCUUCAGUGGUGGACGUAUGAGUAGUGUUGGCGCGCUGUCGUGAAGUUGUCGGUAUUUAAAAAUGACGUGUAUUUCAACAGAUUUCAAUGCAAUAAUCUCAAGCCUCUUGUGCAUCAGAGCUUCGCACAAUCA